CCUUACUGAAGGCUUCACUUUUCAUUUUAAUAAAGUCGUCAUUUCAGAGAAUAAUGGAGGCGUCUGUUUUAAAAUGUGCUGUAUACACGUAGGGCGAGCAAACGUAUUAAAUUAGUCAUAGUACUAAGUUAGUCCUCCUGAUCAGGAUCAUCUCACGUCCUAUUUGGCACGCUGCAAUCAGGAUGUUGUUUAGUGUGAUUUAGCGGAUGAUCCACCUGUGGUGAUUAUCUUCUGUUACCCUGCAAUCGGGAUUAACAAGUGUACUAACUUUAGUCCAAGCAAUCCGAAGAAGUACUCCCUGGAGUGCAAUGCAAUUUAUUCAACACCAGAGGGCAGCAAAACACUUUAAGGUCUCAUUUAAGUAAUACGUUUUUGCACGCAAUAGAUGGUCCAUUUCCAUUGAAGAGAACUAUGACUGUGUAUCUAUCCUCAAAUGAAGAAACCACGCAUGAGAGGAUUACAUUUAAAACACGUGGAAACUUUAAAGUAUAUUUCAAGAUAUUUGCAUGCUAAUUUGGUCCCGCAAGCAUUCAAUCCAAUGUCAGCCUGAUCAUAAACCAUAAUCUUAAUUUCUGAACGGUUAUGAAGUUGAUAUUUAGUGUACUGUACUGUAGCAUGACUGAAACAUCAAUGUGAAUUGAAUUACGGUAAGCUCCGUUGUGUUUAGCUCUCUCUCUCGCUGUAUCUCUUCAGUCGUCGCGUAAGUUAUUGCUGUUUCUUUCUUUAAACGAUCUCAAGGCUUCCAUUUCACCUCUAAACCGUUAUCAUUCAGAUAAAAAGGUACAAUACGUUAAUAAAUUAAACAAAACACAAUGAACGACACACUCGCAGAAACUUAGGGAUAGAAAACUCAUUGAGCUCGCGCAGUACAGAGCAGAGACGAAACUGGCGCCAUUUCAGAUCCAUAACAGGACAUUGCAGAGUAAAACACAACGCAGAAGGAGCCAACAUGGCGAACUCUGGGAUCCAGUUUCAUAACCUGCGACAGGGAGGCCAGCCAGUCAGUCACUCGCAUGCUGGGAGAAGGUUGUUUCUGCAGCCAACCAGGCCCCGCUUGUAAGAGUGAUGCUUUCCUUUCGUUACAGGAAAUUGAAACGUUUGCGUUUGUUUUUGCAGAGAAAGAGAUAUUCAACUGAUUUUUUUUUUUAAAUAUGUAGGUUGGCUAAAAACCAAUGAUUUAUAUAUAUAUUACCUGCAUUGAGUUGUGAAAUAAAGAGUCCAUUUGGAGCGCGUCAGCUGUAGUACACACAGAGAUGUUUAACUUGACAAUAUGAUUUUGUUACUGAUAAAACAAACGCGCUGUAAAUUCUAGCAGAGCUCUGCAAGAUUCUGAAAGACAAAAAGUUACUCCUUGCAAAUUUAAACCAGUGUGUUUUCUUUCUUUACCUCACCAGAAGAAGAACUGCUAUUUUAUGAAUGUUAAUUUUGCAGUUAAAAAAAUAAAAAUACAUUUGCUACUCGAGUCUCAAACUAAAACCAGUGAAGAUGGACGUCAGUGUCUCCGUGUCGUUCUUUCAAGACGAGCUCGCCUCUACCAUCGAGCACGCAGUGAAAGCGGCUGUAGACACCGUCUUGUGCCAAAUCACAAAAGUUGUCGGCGGCAAAUUCACUGAAUUCCGAAUGGAAAUGGCUGGAAAGGAGAAAGAGAAUGAAAGUCUGAAGCUGAGAUUGGAAAUAUCAGAGAGCGAGUUGAAAGCAGUGCGGGAAUGCAUGAACGCUGCAGAUGCAGACAUUAAACAACCUCUCAGAAACAUGAACCCCGACUGCAAUGAACAAGACUUUCAGAGGAAUGAGAACCAGGGAUUAUUUCAAGAUCCCAAAGAGAGCCAUGCUAUGCCAAAAUCUGAAGCACAGGAGGGGCCAAGGAUAGAAGCAGUUUACACACUAGAGGAGUCCUUUCACCAGGAGCUGACAUGUGUUAAAGAUGAAGAGGUCCCUCGACUGGACUGUGUUCCUAUUAAAGAGGAAUUCAUAGAACAGGAAUGUGUCCCCAUCGCAGAGGAAGUUCCUACUGAAAAUAAUGUCUGUACACUUGAGGAGAACAACAAGCUGGGAUCCAGCCUGUGUGAUGAUUGUCCACCUGAAUGUGAACUGGGAUUUAGAGCUUCUAUAGUAGAUGAAGGAGAACACGACUCCACUCCAUCACUCCACUGCAAAAACUCUUCUAGUGGCAAACUGCAGCGCAAGAAACGCAGAGAGACGAUACCUCAAGAAGAGAAUGCAGACAAAUUGAGAGUUCAAAUUCCCCUUGUACAAGACAGGCAACCACUUACUCUGGAGAGUAUAGAUACUGCACAUUCUUUCUAUAUGAACAAUUCUGAAACCUGGGGCAACUUGAACAUUUUGCCUUGUUCUACUCAAGGUGGGAAGAGUUCCCGUCAGUUAGGCUCUCUUAAAACUCACAAGCAAAAUAACACAAGAGGGACUGCAUUUCCCUGUGCUGUUUGUGGGAAGAGUUUCAGUUGUUUCUCACACCUUAAAAGACACCAGCUCAGUCACACAGGAGAGAAACCGUACGAAUGUAAUGAAUGUGAGAAGAGGUUCUCUCAAUUACCACAUCUUAAAAAUCACCUCCGAAUUCACACAGGAGAGAAGCCAUACCACUGUAAUGUUUGUGGGAAGCGCUUUACUGAAUUAGGAAGUCUUAAAAGACACAAAAGAAUUCACACAGGCGAGAUACACAAAUACACAAACAAAUUCACACAUGAGAGAAAUGCUGAAUGUUGGGAAAGAGUUCCUUUGGAGGGACACCUUAUAAACCAUAAAGUUCUCGCAAGACAAAAACCCUGUCCCUGAAGAGAUUAAUGUGAUUUUAAUAUAUACUGUAUAUAUAUAUAUAUAUAUAUAUAUAUAUAUAUAUAUAUAUAUAUAUAUAUAUACUUCAAUGGAAAGAUUCCAUGCAUUCUAAAUACGGUUGAGCUAGAGGGAUAUAAUCCCUGAUAUGUGCCCUUAGAGUCUUUGUUACCGCAUCACAAAAACAAAUCAAAUAAGAUCACUCCGUCAGAUUUUAACACAAUGUUGUUUAAAGUAAAUUUCAACCUUUUUAAUAAGAUGUCCAUUGAGGAAUGGCUGAAUCAAAACAUCCCAGAAAAUAUGAGCACCUCUGAGAUGUCUACAGUCUCUGUAAGUAACACAGAGAGAAGUACUGUCGGACAAACUGAAAAAAAACUACCAUCAGUACUACUACAAGUAGUCCUAGACAUGGGAGUGUUACCCAACAGUGACUUGAUUUAAUUCAAAUAGAAAGAACUGAAAAAAAUACCAGAAAACAGCUUGGGCAAUUAAUGUUUUUCAAUGAAUAAAAACACAAUUUUUUAGGAAAACACUUGCCAGAGAAUUUUAUGCAACCGCCAAAAAUAAAGAGGGACAACAGUCCGGUAUAUCAAGUUAUAUUUCUUUGAGAGCUGGGAUACACAGACAUUUAACAAGCUCUCUGUACUGCAAACAAAGAAAAAUAAUAAAAAACUCCAAUUUUACAUCUACAAAUAAUGUCUUUACCUCGAUAACAAAACAGCCCAGGAGAGAGUGCAAGGGUGAGAGCAUACAUCACCCAGCCAUUACUGGAUCAGAUCUGAUAAAAGGAAAGUCUUCUAAUGUUUUAAAUACGAACACUCCACAAGGCCUGCUGUAUAAAGUGUGGUUUGACAUUCAAAUACAUUUUGGGCAGAGAAAGCUCAAGAGAAUUACCUCAUAAUGCUUUCCUGAUCAAAACUGACGUCAAUGGUUUAAAGUGUGCAAGUCUCUGUUUCAAUGAAGCUACAAAAAAUCAUAACAACCCCACAGACAUCUUAAAAUCCAACUACGGAGGGAGAAUGUAUGAGUGCCCCGAUGAUCCAAACUGCCCCAUCAAGUCACUGGAGAAAUAUAUAAUGAAAUGUCAUAAGAAUCCAUCAGCUUUCUGUCUUUAUCCACGAACCGGACUAGAUCCAACCAAUGUGAGCGAUCACAGUAUCUGCUAUACUUGCAGGCCAUUAGGAAAAUACAAAAAUUAGUAUUGCUGCAGGUUUGAGCCGUCGCUGCACAAAUCAUUCAAUUAGGUCCACAAAAAUCCAGUUAUAGUCCAACUUUGGUUUGCAAAGCAUGGAAAUAAUGUUUGUGAUUGGUCAUCAAUGUGAAAGGAGCCUUAAAAAUGACUGGACCGUCAACGUAGAGUAAUGCAAAACCUGAUCACACACUCUGUCGGCAGCAGGAAACGUUCAUUCCCAUCUUCAUCGAAAACUUGAAAUAUUCAAAUCAAUAAACAAGGAAAAGACUUAUUAUUAUUAUUAUUAUUAUUAUUAUUAGUCGUAGUAGUAGUGGUAUUAUUAUUAUUAAUAAUAAUAAUAAUAAUAAUAAUAAUAAUAAUAAUAAUAAUAAUAAAUCUUUUUUCACAAUCUUUUGUUCUCUGUUUAUUCAAAUAAAAGUAUACAGUUGUACAUAUUUUAUAGAGAAGAUUGUUGUUAUGGAGGACUAUAUUUAUGGAAUGUUCAUUUUAGAGUGCUUAUGUGGAAGGAUAUGUUUAAAAAAGGAAAAUCUAAAUAAAUGUAGUUAAAAUCACUAAAAAAUUAUAGUUAAUUGUGCUGUAACAUUGAAGUAUAUGAGCAAUAAGACCCUCCACAUC